AUGCCGCUGCCCGCACCGCCCACCGAACUCCUGCCGUCGGAGCGCGCCGUGGUGCUGCUGUCGUGCGCGCUGUCAGCGCUGGGCUCCGGCCUGUUGGUGGCCACGCACGCCCUCUGGCCCGACCUGCGCAGCCGGGCGCGGCGUCUGCUGCUCUUUCUGUCGCUGGCCGACUUGCUCUCGGCCGCCUCCUACUUCUACGGGGUGCUGCAGGACUUCUCGGGCCCCUCAUGGGACUGCGUGCUACAAGGAGCGGUCUCCUCCUUCGCCAACACUAGCUCCUUCUUCUGGACGGUGGCCAUCGCCCUCUACCUAUACCUCAGCAUCGUCCACGCCGCGCGGGGGCCGCGGACCGACCGCCUACUCUGGGCCUUCCACGCUGUCAGCUGGGGUGUCCCGCUGACCAUCACAGUGGCAGCUGUCUCCCUAAAGAAGAUCGGCUAUGAUGCCUCCGACGUGUCUGUGGGCUGGUGCUGGAUCGACCUGGAGGCCGAGGACCGCCUGCUGUGGAUGCUCUUGACGGGGAAGCUGUGGGAGAUGCUGGCUUACAUCCUGCUGCCCCUGCUGUACCUCCUGGUCAGGAAGCACAUCAACAGAGCGCGGGAAGCGCUCUCGGAGUACCGGCCCAUCCUCUGCGACACACACCAGCUGCAGCGCCGCUCCUCCUCUGUGGCUGACAAGAAGCUGGUCCUCAUCCCCCUCAUCUUCAUCUGCCUCCGCGUCUGGAGCACUGUGCGUUUCGUCCUGACCCUCUGUGGCUCCCCGGCCGUGCGGAUACCAGUGCUGGUCGUUCUGCAUGGAAUCGGCAACACCUUCCAGGGGGGAGCCAACUGCAUCAUGUUCGUGCUCUGCACCCGUGCCGUCCGCACGCGGCUCGUCUCCCUUUGCUGCUGCUGCUGCUGCUCCCAGCCCUCCACCCAGAGCCCAGCCCGCCCUCCGGGGGCUUCUGUGCCCUCCAAGACCAGAGACACUCAGGAACCCAGACAGACCCCAGAGGAGCCUCCCAGCACCUGAGCGUUAGCUUGUCCUCACACUGUGUCCCUGUCCGGGACAGGCAGCUUUGUGCAUCCCACUGCAGGGACAGGGUGCAUUUCUGCUGCACCUGAAGCCCCCGUGGGUGAAGCUCUUGACCUGGUGAGCGAGCAGCCACCAGCUCAGCCUUUCUACCUCCUGAGCCUCAGGCAGCACCUUCCCGGGCCUGUGUCCUGGCGCACCUGGGAUUCAUCUGGGUGAGCCCAGCAUGAAACUCAGAGCCAGUGAGGCAGGACCCUGUCAGGUGCCUUGGAGCGGGGGCUCUCGGUGUUCUGAGGCCACAUAGCACUGUUUACAGUUUGAGGGACCCAGAGGUGUGUCCCCUGCCCUGACAUCAUAGGGCAGAUUCCUGGCUUGUCAGGUGUUGGGAUCCCCUGAAGAGCCCAGCUUUUCUUGGAUAACACUGCUGGUCGGCAGAGGGGCAGUUCCCUUUAAACAGGUCCCCUGAGGUCACCUGUGACUGCCACAAAUGAGCACAGCCUAGCGCAGCCACUCAGGGACAGUUCCCUGGGUGCUUCCUGGAUUCUCUCUUGUUUUGCAAUACUGGGCUUGAACCCAGGGCCUUGAUUGAACAUGCUCCAUAAGCACUCUACACUGAGCUACCUCCCAGGCCUUUUUAUUUUGAGACAGAGACUCCCUAAGUUACCCAGGAUGGCUGCAAACUUGUGAUGAUCCUCCUGCCUCAGCCUCUGAAUAACUGGGAGUACAGGCCAGUGCCACCACAUGGGCCCUGGGUUUCCUCUCUGUGGACUGUCCGCCCUUCAUGUGGAUUGUGUUUUAAGUUUUAGCACAGGCCAGAUCCGGAGUCCUCCCCUUGCUGGUCAGUCACAUAAACUACAUGCCCCCUCCUCCAGUGCCAAGGCAGAGGCGUCCAGGGGAACCCUGAGGACCGCACACUCUUUCCUGGUAUUUUCACCUACUGCCCUCGUUCUUAGGGUGGGUAGGGAGAGGGCCUGGUUUGCUCACAUCCUAGCCUGCGUUUUUGGAGGAAAGAUGCUCAGAGAGUAGAUGACCCACAUGCUGUUUCCUCCUUGAAGGUGAAGGCUUUCAGAUUCAGCCUCAGCUAGGGGCAGAGCUCAGAGGUAGAGUGUGUGCUGGGCAUGGACAAGGAUGGCCAUUUGGUCCCUGGCACCAAAAAAAAAAAAAAAAAGAUUGAGGCUUUUUGGUGGUUGGUUGGGGGAAGUGGCAGCCUGAGGCCUGGGGAAUCAUUUACAUUUAAAAGAAAAAGGAUUCUAAGAAGCAUCUAUAGCUCUGUAGUCCAUAGCUCCUACACCAAUACUUCCUCUCAUUCCAGAAAGCGAUCUCUGCAAGUCACCACAACUGAGAACCUCAGGAAGUAAUACAUGUGACCUUAGAGGCCGGCAAGGACACCCCCAGCUUUACCCAUAAGUGACUUCCCUUGGGUCCUGCCAGAAUUCUGCAAAACUGAAAUGAUUUCCAGACCCAGUAAAAUGGCUCUGGAUUAAAACCAAAACCAUGCUGUGCUAUCUGUUUGUUUGACUUUCAAAAGCAAAAUCUGUAUCAGGAAAGGAGUAGUCAUUUUGAGGAUUGAGUCUAAAAUGCUCAUUUUGGUUUUCUUUGAAAACAGUUCUUUAUGAAAGUUAGCAAGAGGGGGGAAUCCCCUUAGGAUUCAACGAAAGCUCUGGGCUACCGUAUGGAAGGUUCCCUACCAGUAGGACAUCUCCUGACAGAAACAGCCUCCCCUAAAGAGGUCACAGCAAACCUCCGGGCACACAGCUGGUGAAGACCUUUUAGCAUCUAGAAUGGGACAGAAAUUCAGGGAUUUGUUUGCUACAAACAAGAAAAUGAUCCACAGUUGAGUAAGAGUCCUGGCCCCAGAGCAAAGACAUUAGGAUAAACUGUUCAGCAGGGAGCUCCAGACAGUGCCCAGAGGCGAGGACCUGGGUCUCCCCAGCUUGGCUGUGCUCAGAAAAGGCCUAUAGAGGGAGUUGGGGACUCCAAGAACACCUGCUUUAGGUGCUAGGGCUCAUUCAAGUUCUCAUUUCAUUUUUUGGUGCCAUUUUGGUGUCUGGAUUGUCUGUUUUUGUAAAAAACCUCCAAACAUUUACACCUUGUGUUAUUUCCAAUUCUGCUUUCUCUGCUGCCCACCUUGGUGCUGCAGAUGAACGGUUACCAGGAGUGGCAGUGGUCCGGUGGGCAGGGGAGGGGCUUGUCCACACGCCUUAGGUGCCUUAGCCUUGGCCUCUGGCCCUCCCAUCUCACAGAAUGCCUUGCCUCUUGCUUAGAGCCAGGGACAGUCAGUCCAGCUGGGUGGGCAGAGUUCAGAACCAAAGGGGAACGGGAGGGAGUUUGCACCCCCACAGCAGGAGGGGCCAUCGCUUCUGAUCAGAGCCUGACUAGGCUGGCUUCACCCCUUUGACACUUUGCUGGACCCCAGUGGGUUCCGUUACGGUCAUUAGUGUUUAUCUGCCCCAGCUUAAGGUCAUUGCGGCCCCUGACUGUAUCCCCUGCCCCCCCCCCCCCCGUCCUUUUGCACAGCUGAAUCUUGGUCUUGUAAUCAGGUUGACCAGCCACUUCCUGCCUCUGUGCUUCUGAGAGUUGGAUUUUUUUUUUUUAAAGUUGGUUGGUUUGUUCAGUUUUGUUUUUUAAUAAAGAUUAUUCUUUAGCCCAGGCUGAGGGUACGAACAGAACUCUUCACCUGUCUACAAUGAGAAAACCUGUUUUUACAGACUUCCUGUUGUGGCAUAAGAGAGUGUGAGUUUUUGCACAUGCAACAUUGUACCGUAAACCCCUGACUGUCUGUGAAAGCCAAAGUCUUGCUAUUUUAAAUUAAAUAAAUAAAUUAUUUUUCUUCUGCA